AUGGGCGUAUCCGAGGUGUGGUGCAAUAAGGCCGUGAAUAGUACACUACGAGAGCUGUGUAGCAAGUGCCCUGAGUAUGUGAAAGUGCCACAAUCAGCAGAAGAAUGGGAGCUAACAGAUGGAGGCUUCGGUCGUGCCAAAGGUUAA